UGCCAGUAUUACUACGUUACCUCUUGUAACAGAAUAUUAUACAUAUUACUACUACUGUGCCAUCUGGUAUGCAUAUGGCCAAGUCCCUCCUGGCUGACUUGGGUUGUUUGGGUUGGUUGCGUUGGACUGGGUUGGGAUUUCCUGUCGAACCUUAUAAAGCUCUCCGUAAAAGCUACCUCCCUAGGCAACAUGGAUAGCUACGACAAACUCAAUUCAAUUAUGCACUGUACAUGUAUGUAUAUGUACAUGGAUAGAGAUUCCGCACUGCCAGUUUUUGAUUCUGCAUGCAAUGCAAUUCAUAUGGUAGGCAGAUACUAUGUAUAG